ACUGAUCAAAACUGAUGGCUCAAAACUUUGGAACAUAUGCGUCAGAUGGAGACUGAUAUGAAGACCGUCCAGUUAGCUCCUUAAAAUACAGAAUUUGAAGUGUAACUUUCAAGACUUUUUUUAUUCAACAUUUCAAACUUAAAGAAAAACAGCAGCCAGUCAUGCCUCGUCCUGGGAAGAACUCGUACAGCGACCAGAAGCCUCCAUACUCCUACAUAUCCCUGACAGCGAUGGCUAUCCAGAACUCCACCGAAAAGAUGCUGCCUCUGAGUGACAUUUACAAGUUCAUCAUGGACCGGUUUCCGUAUUAUCGAGAGAAUACCCAACGGUGGCAGAAUUCCCUGCGACACAACCUCUCCUUCAACGACUGUUUCAUCAAGAUCCCUCGGCGGCCCGAUCAGCCGGGGAAAGGCAGCUUCUGGGCUCUGCAUCCGGACUGCGGUGACAUGUUUGAGAACGGCAGCUUCCUGAGGAGACGGAAGCGCUUCAAGGUGCUGCGCGCUGAGCACAUGGCCUGCAAGAGCUCCCCGAUGAUGCAUUACUUUCACCAUCACCACCACCACCCGGGCAGCAAGCUGGGCACGGCAUCAGCCCAUCACGACCACUCCGCAGGCCCGGCGAGCACCGUGGGUCGGCUCCCUCACUUUCAGGGUUACGGGGGCAUCACUUGCGCACAGCCCGGCGGGUUCAAACACCCGUUCGCAAUCGAGAACAUUAUAGGACGGGACUACAAGGGCGUGAUGGCCAGCGGGCUCCCCCUCACCUCGGUCAUGCACCACCUGGGUUACCCGGUGCCCCCGCAGCUCAGCAGCGUGGUCAACUCAAUGUGGCCGCACGUCGGGAUGCUGUCGGAGUCCAUGGGUGGCGUGCCCGUGCCCGCAUCAUCCGAGUACGCGCCCUUCAGCAUGUCAGCAAAGGGCCUGUACCACAAUGCCAACGGGCAGAGCCUGCCCGCCGUGCCCGUGCCAAUAAAACCCACCCCAUCCCUGGGUCCCGUGCCCGGGCUGACGGGGCUGCAGUCCGGCCCGACCCAGCUCUGCUCACCGGCCUCAGCGAUGGAGAAAAGUGAUCUGCUGGAGGGGAAAGGCAACCCUCUGCACCCGGCUCUCCUGCUGUCCUAACCGGGUAAAUUGCGGGUCAUUUUUGAAAAGUAACACCGAGAAGAAGGACACUGUUACCGCAUUAAACAAAUCGGCAUAGUUUACGUUCAGUGCAGCCUUAGGAGAGUUGUUUCAAAAAAAAAAGAAAAAGAAAAAGAAAGAAAGUAAGGUUAACAUUUUGCUGUGCAAUGAAUUUUUUUCAUUAGACCCAUGUUGAUUGAAAUCAUAAUUUAUUUGCACAAUUUGUGAGGGCAUUUACCACAUACUGUAAUGUGGCACUGAUAAAUACAAUCAGACGAGCAGAUACGCUAAACCCAAAGAAAGCUGUGAUUUAGGAGACAAACAAUUCUUUUCCAAAUGCAAAACAACAACUCUGUUUCUAUUUUUCCUUUAUCUCUAUUUAUUUCACCUGAACCUUCGGCCGGCCUGUCGGCUAAAGACAAAAUAGGCCUUCAUGUUGUUUAAUUAGGCCUGUUGCACUUUUUUGUGUGUGUGUUACUUAUCGGUGCAUUGAAAACGUUAUGCUUGUAUUAUAACACUAUUUAUCUGAGUAUAUUU